AUGGCUCAUCAGAGCACCGGGAUGGCAUUUACUCCCAUCCAGGGCGCCGAGCUAGAAGACUUCCUUGGAGACUCCAACGCUACCACGUCUCGCGCACCCGAUGCGUUCAUCACGCACUACUGCCAUCUAACAUACUUAGAAAGGCACGACCUAAGAGACCUGCUUUUUGCCUGGCUCGAGGUUUCCCACAAUACCACCGACCUUCUCAGUCUCUGCCCAAUCACACGAUCUCAACGCGAGUCCUUCUUCUCCAGUAUCUUCUCUGACUGGGAUCCUUCCAAACCUACCUGCAGCCCAAAAUACAUACCUUAUAUGGGAACAGACGGAAAGAUUGAAGUUGGCGUAUGGAGCCAAGACCUCCCAAUCUCGCGCGAGGAACGCGAACGUGCCCUAGAGAAUGGAGAACAGGAACCAACUCGUCAACAUAAGACAGCCAGGCAGGCUGGUCAGAAAGCGUUUAUGGUUCCUUCAAUGGAAAAAACGUGA